AUGUUCAAGCACACACUCGGCCUCUAUCGUGUUCUCGUUGUAAUCUACAUCGGCGCACAGGAGGCUGUUCACGCGUCUAAAGGGAAGGUGCAGGUGCGGAUGCUUAAAAUGGCUGCCAAGAAUUGUGGAGAAAUUCAAAAGUACUACAGGUUCCGCAAAACCCAUGAACUACAGACAAAGGCCAGAAACCAGGGGCUGGCAACACUGAUAAAUGGUUGCAAAAAUAACAUGGAACAUAUCUCCAGUGUAAAGACGGCAAAGUUGUUUCGGUUCGACAAGGCCGUCAAAGGUUUGGGUGGUGAAAAUCCUGAAUUCUCUCUCCCAGCCGUUUUUCUGAUGGCAGAAUACGGCACUGGGAAAAUGGGAAUAUGA